AUGCGCCUGUUAUCAUAUGACUUCAGGAUCGUGCACAAACCUGGAGAGUCAAACAUGUCAGAUUAUCUAAGCAGACAUCCAGACACAGGACAAGGCAGCAAAUCAAGCAUAGCUGAAGAAUAUGUAAGUUUUCUUGCAUAUCAUGAUGUACCUGUUGCAAUGAACAUGAAUGAAAUUAUUCAGGCAACUUCUACGGACAAUGACCUCCAAAUGGCCAUUAAAUCCAUAAAGACGGGUUGUAGGAGCAACACCAAUAAAAAUAAAGUAUUCGAUACGUUCUCUCGCUGUAAGAAUGAAUUAUCGGUAGUCAAUCUCAAGGGAGGUGAAAUCUUACUGCAUGAAUCAAGAAUUGUUAUUCCUAGGCAGUUGCAAGAUAAAGCGAUAUCAUUAGCUCAUGAAGGUCAUCAGGGAAUUGUUAAAACCAAACAACUUCUAAGAGAGAAAGUGUACUUCCCAGGCAUGGAUCAACAAGUUGAAAAUAUGUGCAAAAGCUGCAUCCCGUGCUUAGCAGCAACAAUUUCAAAACAGCAUGAACCUUUAAACAUGAGUGAUAUGCCGAAAUACCCAUUUCAAAUGAUUAGUUUGGAUUUCUGUGGCCCAUUUCCAGAUGGAAAAUAUCUGCUUGUACUAAUUGACGAAUAUUCACGUUUUCCGUUCGUAGAAGUCUUAAAUUCCAUAACAGGAAAUACAGUUAUCCCUGUGCUGGACAAAAUUUUCUCAGAAACUGGAAUACCUGAAAUUCUCAAGUCAGAUAACGGCAGUCCUAUGAACUCUCAUCUAUUUAAAAGUUUUGCAAAACACAUGGGCUUCAAACAUAGGAAAAUAACUCCGUUAUGGCCGCAAGCAAACGCUGAAUGUGAGCGAUUCAUGAAAACCAUAGGCAAGUCAAUUCGAGCUUCUCAUGUGCACCAUACAAACUGGAAACAAGACAUGUAUGCAUUUUUAAGAAAUUACAGAUCUACACCACAUGGGACAACGGCCGAAACUCCUGCACAAUUGUUCUACGGAAGGCCUAUUAACAUAAAAAUUCCCAUGGUUCAAAAACAAAAGAAAUAUAAAAAGGACAUAAAAGCCAGAGAAAAUGACAGAAAAUCAAAACAAAAAAAUGAAAGAAUACGCUGA